AAAGAACGUGUUGGAAAUACAUACAUACUUUGAAUAACAAAACAAAAAAAGAAUAACGUUUUAAUUAAAAACAAAUUAUAAAACAUAGUGGAAGUUAUAAUUGAAACAUACAUUGGAUUACGAACGAACUUUGGAUAACUGCAGCAAAAAUACAGUGGAUAUUAGCGGCCAUAAUUAAAGGGACUUACAUACACUUCAGUGAUUGAGAUGGCUUUUCAACGUAGUUACAGUAAAGUCUGGUGGGGUUCCGAUGAUAAUCAGUUACCCGGCAUGAAUGUCACGAAUCCAGCCAACCAGCACUUGCUGAACACAAACCCAAAUACAGUGAGUUUAACAAGUGGUGGCUUGUAUUCAUAUUUUAGUCAACAACAGCAGCAACCGCAGCAACAACAAAGAAGUCAUCAUCAGCAACAGCCACAGCCACAACAACAGUAUCAACAAUUUGGCGGCAUCGCUUAUCAUUCCUUGGAUUUAAAUCAGUACAAAUCGUAUGGUGGCAAUUUAUCGCGCAUACAAGAAGUUGAAGACGAACACAACAUAUCAAAAUUGUCUUGGGAAAAACAUGAUAGUCCAGGCAGUUUGAGAUCACAAGAUUCGGGAUUCUCUGAUAAUGAUGAAUUUCACAGUACUCGCAGCUUAAGCGGCCGAUCAUCGAAAAUAUCGUCUCCCAGUAGCAAGUCGACAAAAAGUGACAUUGGCUCACCCACUUCGGUGCGCACAGUGGAAACACCGCCUACAGUUAUUAGACGUACAGGCAACUCAGAAUUUUACACGCCCCUGGUAAAUGUAUCAAGACGUAUUUCAUUCUCCUUCUCGGCAACACCCAACAAGAACACCCCAACACAAGAAGAGGAGGAGCAGGAGGAAGGAUCAUCAUUAAUGGCUAAAUUGGACAGCAUGCAGUUGAUGACAGAAUCACCCUUAGCCAAAAAAUUAGAUUUUGACGAUUCGAAUACAACACAGAGUAGUGAUGCUGUAUCACCCAUAAAGGGAAAUAAUCCCAGAAUAAAGAGACGUAGAAAAGUUCAGCGUAAAGCAACCUCGCCGUUGUCACCGGCCCAUAAACGUCUGCAAAAGAUGAACAACGAAAUAAAUGAAGAGGGUAGCGAUUUGGAAUCUUGUUCGACAGUACCAGAGUACAACAACGAAACAGUAUAUUUGGGUGGACCACCUACAUGUUCCACUCCACCACCUCCCUAUAACAAUGAAACAGUUGUUCUAGGUGGCCCCUUGGAAUCUAGUUAUAAUAGUACCUUAAAACUGGAAGAGCAAGUCAUAUCUCCCUUACGACUCCAUGCCAGAUUCAGCGGCAAUACUAGCACACCGAAAACACUGAAAAUUCACAAACCCGCUUGCACUCUUCCUCCAUUAUUCGCCUGUCAAGAGUACGACAACACCUUAUUGAAUGGUCACACGGAGGAUGUGCAAACAUGGUUGGACGAUUUGCGCAUGUCCUAUGAUCACGAAGUGAUGUCCACAUUACAAACCAAAUCGAUAGCACAAGAAGCUUUCAAAAGUCUACAAAUCACAACAAACACAGUGGCCAAGUUUAUAAGGCAAUUGCAGCAGAAAGCUCUUUCGAUGCAGGGCUCUUUUGAAAAAGUAGAACGUAUGCUGAACGGUGCCCAAAACGUGUCACUACACGACGCACUAACGGGAUCCUUGCAGUUAUUGGACCAUGUUUCCGAAUUUACUCUCAUUUUAGAACGAAGGUCUGUGUUCUUUGCCGACUCACGCUUGGAACGCAAACGUUACGAGGACUAUUUGGAUCAAAUACGAAUGGUCAACAAGGAUACUCGCUACUCCCUAGAGAAUCAUCACUAUAUCAAUCUAGAGUCUUUGCUAGAAGACUUGCAGGUUUUGAAACGCAUUCUUUUAAUUAGCGUGCAACAAGUCUAUGAAAAGCUGGUACGCAUUUUGGUUAUCAGUGUGGAGAAUGGCCGUUGCGAUCUGAUGUUGAAAGCCAACAUCAAUAUGAUAGCGACCCUUAUGAAUAUCGACUACGAUGGUUUUGCUUCGCUCACCAACGCCUUUGUGCAGACAGAGGCUGUGAGGACGUUGCUGAUAGUUUGUUUAGAUCAUAAAUUGAGUUCGGUAAGAGCGCAAGCUCUGAGGGCUUUAGCCACCAUAUGCUGUGCUCCCGAACCGAUUGCUCAGUUGGGUUCUUGUGGAGGAAUUGAAAUUAUACGAGACAUUUUACAAGUAAGUGGCUCUCAAAAACCAAAAAAUAAUGAUGUGAAACGGGGUGACAUGGAGAGACGUGAAGCUGUAUCGCUAUUGACCCAAAUCACUGCUGCCUGGCACGGUCCGGAACACCAAGUUAGUGGCUUAAGAGGUUGUGUGGAGUCCAUCGUCGAAGGUCUCACUCAACUAUUGAUAUUCACUGAAUGUCCCCAAACUUUGCUCUUGUGUACUGCCGCCUUGAAUAAUCUGUCACGCAUAGAAAUCACUUCCCACUAUUCCAUAAUGUCGCACGAGACUAUUUUCAAAUUGAUAACCACAAUGGAGCAGAGAGAUAAAGGCAUAAACGUUUUUCUUUAUGAACAAAUCGUUGCCAUGCUGUACAAUAUGUCACUGAAUAAGAAAUGCCACAGCCAUUUGGCCAAUGCCGGUAUCAUAAAUUUCAUCACGUACGCAUACGAAACGGAAUUCUAUAAGAGCUACAAUUCACGUGGCGAAAGCGAAGCCCAAAAACGUUGUAUCAAAACAAUUUUGCACACAUUGACACGUCUGGUGCAGGACUCUGUCUUGGGAAUGGAACUGCUGGAGCAACAGAAGCACAUGCCAUCCUCCUUAUUCUUUAAGUUGAAUUCAACACAGGAUGCAAAGAAACAAUUGUCGUCGCUCGAUGCAUAUUCUAAUUCUAGUCGUGACAUUUCUUUCCUGGCCCACCAGCUAUUACAGCAGGCAAAAAACUACCGAGAUGAACAAUUACAUCCAGAACUACAUCCAGAAACUGCGGAAAAAGGAAAGAAAUUGAAAAUGCAACUACAACGUCAGGAAAGCUAUGUUUAACAAAAGCACACAGACAACCUGCUCACACAAAAUGCUGUUUACUCAUGGGUACUUAAGAUGAACAAAGGACGGCUAAACAACAACAACAAUAACAGCAACAUUGCCACCACCAGCAGCAACUAAAAAAGAAUCAGCCUAGGAUUUGAAUUCACGCAUACACACACACACACACAGCGGUGGUGGAGAGCGACGUCACGUUCAAGUCAGCCACGUUUAAGCGUUUACUUAAACGUGCAGAAAAGUCAUACAAGUUCAGUUUUUAUUUCUGUUUCUGCUUUUUCACUCCAACAUUUAAGGUUCAAUUACAACAGACAAAUACAACUUUUCUUCUUAUUUUGAACAAAAAUUUGAAUAGAAGGAACAAUUUUUGCUCAAAAAAUCCAAGAGUUGUUUUCAAAACCAAAAAAAAGCAAGAAAACAGGGCAAAAUAGAAGUAUUAAGAAAGAACAACAAAUACACAUUCCUUUAGGAUUUGACAAUUUAUUGCAUUCAAUAAAUUUUGUUUCAAAGUCCUAUUUAGAGAAUAAAACACAACAAAAAGUUUAUAAUUUUUAAAAAAAUGAACAUAAAAUAAAAUUUUAUAUAUCUAAUUUUAUAAAAAUUGUACAUACAUACAUAUGUAUGUAUGUACUUAUAAAACAAAUGUAGUCAAUUUUGUGCCAAAUAUAUUUCUGUAGUUUUUAUAAUAAAAAGUAUAUCUAUGUACAUAAAUACCACAAUAAUAUUUAUGAAAAAAAAAAUUCAAAUAAUAUGUUAAAUAAAACCAACCAAAAACAAUAUGCAAAUUUAGUAUUUAGUAUAAAAAUUUAGAAAUAAAAAAUUUUAAUAUAAACCAGA